UUGUCUCCUUCUCCUCAGGUUCCAUGGAGUGCAGCAAGCAUGAGGGCUUCUACUACGAUCGGCUCCUGAGGCAGUGCUUCAGUUGUGUUGGCAUCUGUGGGCAGCACCCCAGGGAAUGCAACCCCUUCUGCAAAAAGGAUGCUGGACCCACCUUACCAUCAGUGGCUGCUCUCCAGGGUGUCCAGUGCAAGAUGGACAGUGCGUGUGACCAGCGGACGGUCAUCUACAUGGUCUUGGGCAUCUGCCUGUGUACUCUGCUCUUCUCCUUGCUGUUGACUUGGGUUUACUUCAGGAAAUGGGGGGAUGCGGUGAUCUGCCGAGCCGGUACCAUCGCUUGCCGCAAAGGCAAUGACAACCCCAAAGAUCGUCUAAUGGAAGCAGGGAGCGUGGGGAGCGGAUCCAGCGGCAGCCAGACACCGGAGCCCAUUGAAACCUGCGGCUUCUGCUUCCCUGAAGCAAGCCCUGCCAUUCAAGAAACCAGGGCGUGUCACAGAACUUACCAAGCCGGGAUGGAAGGGGAUCCUGCCGUGGCAGGGACUGCUGGCACAGGGAGUAUGGGAACCAUUGCUACCCCUGAAGAUGGCCACUUCCAAAUUAUUUGUUCUCCCUCGCAAGAAAAGAUGCAGGUGACUUGAGAUACCAGGCAAUGAGAUACUACAGGACCAUAGCCGCCCCUCCACACUAGAGCAAAGCUGCUUGAAUUUUCCAGGUUCUUCCUCCACACAAUUCCCCUGGGAAUGCCUCCUUACACAAUCUGCAGAAUCCGGCAGGUAAAACAAUUCCUGGACUCAGCCACUUCAGAACCGCAGAUGGCAGUGAUUUGCAUGUCUGAAUUCUACCCUCCUUGGAAAGACCUCCCCCGCAUAUAGAAAGCCAGGGCUUCAGUAAUAAGAGUUUUACAGCCUAACCUUCUCUCUUGACAUACCUGCUACUUACAUUAACAGUUAGGAAGUCUUUCCCUGCUCUCCUCUGUGCACAUGUUCUAGAUCAGCAGUGGGCAUGACAUCCCAGGGGGAAAGCCCUUCA